AUGUCUGAACCAUCAUCACCAAUUGUAAACAACAUCAAGGAUACGACUGCGCCCGCGUCGACGACAACAAAUGUUGUGGAUACAACAGCAGCAGCAGCAGCACCAGCUGUAGUCACACCACCAAAGCAAAAGGUUUACACUUUGGGUAUUAGAAGAGAGGAUAAGAAUAGAUGGGAGAGACGUGCCCCUUUGGCACCAUCUCACAUUGAGGAGUUGGUCAAGAAGGGCAUCAAGAUCAUUGUCCAACCCUCCACUCUUAGAAACUACUCUAACGCUGCCUACCAAAAGGCCGGCGCCAUCAUCCAGGAGGACAUCAAGGAGUGCGACGUCAUCAUCGCCGUCAAGGAAGUGCCAUCCGAGUACCUUUUCCCAAACAAGACCUACAUCUACUUCUCCCACACCAUCAAGGCUCAGCCAUACAACAUGCCAAUGCUUGAUGAGAUCAACAAGAAGCAUAUUAGAUUGAUUGAUUACGAGCGUAUCACUGACGAGAAGAAUAGAAGAUUGGUACGUUUCGGUUCGUUCGCGGGUUAUGCUGGCAUGAUCGACAUGCUUCAUGCUCUUGGCGAUAGACUGUUGGCCAAGGGUUUCUCCACUCCAUUCUUGCACGUCGGUUAUUCAUACGUGUACUCCAAGUUGGAGAACGCCAUGGAUGCCGUUCGCGCCAUUGGCGAGGAGAUUUCACAAGUUGGACUUCCCGACGACUUGCUCCCAUUCACAUUUGCCUUCACCUCUGAUGGUGCCGUCGCCCAAGGUGCAUUGACAAUCUUCAAGCUCCUUCCACACAAGAUGGUCACUCCCGAUGAGAUGGUCGAUCUUGUCAAGAACAAGAAGGGAGAGCGUGGUAUCCUCUAUGGAACCAUCAUUACAUCUGAGCACAUGGUCGAGCCAAUCGAUCCAACCAAGAAGUUCGACAAGAAUGAGUACUACUCUGACCCAUCAAAGUACAAGCCAUCUUUCUACCAAAAGUACGCUCCAUAUAUCUCAAUUAUUAUCAACUGUAUGUACUGGGAUGCCAAGUUCCCUCGUUUGAUCACCAUCAGACAGAUGGAGGAAAUGGUUGAGACUGGCAACUCACGUCUCUUGGGUGUGGCCGAUAUCUCUGCAGAUAUCAACGGUUCAUUGGAGUUCUUGAUGAAGACCACCUCAAUCGAUCAGCCACUCUAUAUCUACGAUCCAAAGACCCAGGAAAUCCACGAUCCAUCUACCGAUCAGAAGUACAUGUAUCGUGAUGGUAUUAUGUUCUUGGCUGUGGACAACUUGCCAACUGAGUUCCCGAAGGAGGCCACUCAAUGGUUUGGUGACCAUUUGUCAAAGUUCAUGGAGGCAGUCGUCAGAUCCGACCCAACCAAGCCAUACGAUGAGAUGAAUGAUCUGCCACUGGAGAUCAAGCGUGCCGUCAUCACAGCACAUGGCAAGCUCACUCCACCAUUCGAGUACAUCAAGGAGUUGAGAAAGAAGCGUGAGGCAAUGUUUGGAAAGAUCCUGAUUAUUGGUGCUGGCUACACCUCACAUCCAGUCAUCCAAUACUUGACAAGAAACCCAAGCCACAAGAUCACUGUUGCUGAUAUUGAUAUCGAACAAACAAAGAAGGUGUUGAACUUUGAGCCAGACGUUGCUACAGCCAUCGUUGAUGUGAAUGAUGUGAAGAAGUUGGAUGAGUUGGUCAGCAAGCAAAGUGUUGUUAUUUCUUUGUUGCCAGAGGAGCUCAACCUAAAGGUGGCCAAAUCAUGCCUUCGCACCAAGAAGCAUUUGGUCACAGUCGGUUACCUCACCGAGGAGAUGAAGGCCUUGGACAAGGAGGCCAAGGAAGCCGGUAUCACCUUCUUGAACGAGAUGGGUCUCGACCCAGGCAUUGACCAUCUUGAGGCUGCCAAGGUCAUCAACGAGGUUCAAAGCCAGGGCGGCAGAAUCAGGACAUUCGUCUCCUGGGCUGGUGGUUUGCCCGCUCCAGAGUCCUCUGACAACCCUCUGGGCUACAAGUUCAGCUGGAGCCCAAGAGGAGUGUUGGAGUCGGUCACACUCGACGCACAGUACAAACAGGACGGCAGAGUCAUCUCAAUCCCAGGCCAGGAGGUCUACAAGAGGACACAGCAGGUGGACAUCUUCCCAGCUCUGGCUCUCGAGGGUGUGCCAAACCGCAACUGCCUCGACUUGGCCGAUUAUUAUAACAUUACCGACUGCAACACAUUGUUCAGAGGCACUCUUCGCUACCAAGGUUUCUGUCAGGUGAUGGAGGCUGCCGUCGAGGUUGGUCUCUUGGACGAGACCAUCCACGAGUACUUGCUGGCCAACUCACCCAAGCUCUCAUGGAAUGAAGCGUUGCGCAAGAUUCUGCCAGUGCCCCUCAGCGAGGACAUCUCCACCGAGGAGAUCUUCAGAAGGAAGCUCAGGACCAGACGUGGCUAUCCCAACAAGGGCUAUGAUGACGACAAGAUCAGCAAGGUCCUCAGUGUGUUUGAUUGGCUGGGCAUCUUCUCCAAGACCCUCUGGAUCGCCCAGAAGGGCUCAUACAUGGAUGGCUUCUGCGAGCUCCUCAAGGGCAAGCUUGAGUUCAGUCCAUCGGAGCGCGACCUCAUCAUCCAGCAUCUCAUCUUUGGCAUUGAGUGGCCAGGCGGCAAGCACGAGACCAAGACCUCGACAUUGGUCUACUACGGUGACAAGGACAUCUCGGCCAUUGCAUACUGCAUCGGUUUGCCAGUGGCCAUUGCAUCGGAGCUCAUUGUCGAAGGCAAGUUGUUGAAGCGUGGCGUUGUCGUGCCCACCAGCGAGGAGUACUACAAGCCCAUCCUCAAGGCCUUGAGCAAUGAGGGUAUUGCAUUCGUGCAUCGUUCUCAGUUUGACAACUACUAA